CCCUGUGAGCUCCGCUUCUGCAACUUGGGAGUCUCCUGUUCUCUGGGGUAAAUGUCGGUGGGUUCGGUCCUACCUGACUCGGAUCUAUUAUAUAACCUCAGGCAGGACGGUUAACUGCUGCUUUUGAGUCUCUGUGGGUCUUUCCUUUAAAUUGUCCCGGCUUCCAGCAAAGCAAAUGGGUGAAAAAGUGGAGAAGAGCGCCGACGGACCCCGGUACUACAGACUGUCAGAGAUCGAGGAGCAGAACUCCUUCAAAUCCACCUGGAUCAUCAUUCACAACAAAGUCUACGAUGUCACCAAGUUUCUGGAAGAGCACCCCGGGGGGGAGGAGGUGCUGAGGGAGCAGGCGGGAGGAAACGCCACCGAGAGCUUCGAGGACGUCGGCCACUCCACAGACGCCAGAGAGAUGGCCAGCAGCAUGGUGAUCGGAGAGCUGCACCCGGAUGACCGACACAAGAUCGCUGCGCCUGUGGAUACACUAGUGACUACUGUGAAGGAGGAGACCAGCUGGUGGUCCAACUGGUUGAUCCCCGCGCUGGCGGCGACCAUCGUCACGCUGAUGUACCGCAUGUACGUCACAGAGAGUGAGUGACAUCAUCAGGUCUGCUGCUGUGAUGUCAUCGACCCGACAACCAUUGUGACUGGAGUAAAAGCUCGGUCCUGGACUCACUAACUCUUUGUAUCAUUUAUUCCCUUUUAACCAACCAAUCACACGGCAUUAUGUUAAUGAAGGUGACACGCUGUUGAGUUUGUGCUGACGCUGUGAAAUGUGGACGCUUCAUAAAGUCCUGAUGAUUUGAGGACUUGCAGAGAAGUUGUGUUUUCAUAAAUGUGUGAGCAGCAGCUAACGAGCACGUGAUGACAUCACAAUGCCAUCAUGUGACUACUCAGCUGUUCUGACUGAUGAGUGUGAAUGAAGUAAAACAGAAUCAGACCAAACAAAGCUACCAUUUUAUUUUAAAUGUUUAAUAAAUAAUCUCAAAAUCUU